AUGAACAACACUUCAUCAUCAUCAACAACAAAGGAUGGAAUUUCAACAAAACCUCCAAUUCACACUGCCGGAAAAGUUGAAAUUCAUCAAGAGACAUCAACAAUUAUGAAAGCAAGAUUAAUUCAACACAUAUUACAAACAUAUUAUUUAUUAAAUUUUAUAUUUUUACUUGCAUAUCCAAUUUUAAGGUUAUCAGGUCUAAUUUUAAAACCAAAGAAUGAAUUAAUGAUUUUAUAUGUAUCAGGAUUUAUGGUUGUAUUAAAAAUAUUAAAGAAUAAAAAUAUUGAUCAAAUUUUAACAGGUAUUAUAUUCACAUUAAAAAUGUCAACAAUUAUAUUACUAUAUUAUUCUGGUGAAACUCAAUUUAAAUUAGAAUAUACAAAUAAAAUGAAAUCCAAUAAUAUAGAUGGGUCAUCAUCAUCAUCAUCAGAAGAAACACAAGAACCAUUUAAAUUUGAUAAUGAAAAUGAAAAUAGUAAACAAACUUUAAGUUCAACUAAAGAAUUAGGAUUUUUUGGCAACUUUUUACAUUAUGGACUUUAUUAUGUAUUGGUUUAUUUAUUUGUUUGCAUGUUGGUAUAUUUAUACAAAUCACAACCUGAGCCAAAACAAUCAAAUUUCGUUCACUUUUUCAAUCAAAUCACUUUUAAAAAUUCUUUGGCAUUUUCAGCACAAUCAAAAGAAUUAAAAGAUAAAUAUUUAUUAGUUGAAUUCUUUACAACUUGGUCUCCACCAUGUACAUAUUUAGCUUCAACUUUUGCUGAUUUAUCUUACAUUUAUCAAGGUAUUAAUUUUGGUAAAAUUGAUAUUGGAAGAUGGAAAUCAAUUGCUUAUGAAUAUGAUAUAGCUGAUUCAGUAUCAAGUAAACAAAUACCAUCAAUUAUAUUAUUUAAAAAUGGUGUUGAAGUAUCUAGAAUGCCAUAUAGAAAGAAUGAAUUUAAAAUGCCAUAUGACAAGAAAACUCCAAAAGAUGAUAAAUUAUUUGAACCAUGUAAUCUUUCCUAUGAUAAUAUUAGACUUUAUUUUAAUUUAGAUACAUUAUUAUCUCAAGUUAAACCAUCCUUAACAAAUCAAAAUCAAAAUCAAAAUAAUAAUAAUAAUAAUAAUAAGAAUGGUAACUCUAAUAAAAAUACUAAAAAGAAUAGAUAG